GCCCCGAUUUCUUGUCGCUAUGGGAAUUUUUGAUUAAGAUUUGUUUCGUAUUUUGUUCUUUUACUUUUUCUGUUCUUCCUACUAUUCCAAGUAGUAUUACAUCUUGCCGCUGCCAUUUCCAACUGUUUUGAUUCCCAAUCAUUCCCGUCUCUCUGUAUUUACAUCGCAGUUUUGUAUCUAUUGCUCUUUCUAUAUAUUAAAAUCCAUUCAUUACUGUCUCCCCAACAUCUCACUCAUCUACUUGGCCGUGAUAGUCACCCGCAUCUUGUUUAACACAGCCUUCCUCUGUCUUUGCUUGGCAUCUUGGAUCUUGGAUCUUGAUUCUGGACAUUACAUGACGGCUUGACUACAAAAUACGAGGCUACCCGCAUUCUUUCGACGUAGGCGAUAUCAUAAAGUCACUUCUCCAGCUAUCACUGUAAUAUAAUAUCCUCGGUGCGCUUUCUCACACACAGCAUGCGCUUCAGUACGUCCAUCUAAUUCAUCGAUCAAAAGGCUCCCAUCGCCACUAUGGGAUUGCUCCGCCAAAUACGAACUUUGACGGGAAAAAACAUCCUCAUCACACUCAACCGACAUACGUUUAGCACGUCGAUACGCGCAUUCGUACUCCCGGUCGCAUUAAUCAUAUUCCUUAGUUAUGCCAGAAAUCUAUUCAUACCUCCUUCGACUUACGGUAUUGGCUCAAGCCACACCAUACGAUCAUUACCAGAAGGGCUCAACGCCGCGACAGGUGGACGAAAUACUUUGGCGUUUGUAAAUAAUGGUUUAACUGGUGGAGAUAUUGAUGGUGUUAUUGCUGCAUUAGCUUCGCAGGCCGAGGGUGUUGGAGCAAAGGUGCAACGUUUGACCACCGAGGCGGAACUCCUAGAUAUCUGCAAAAGUAGUUUACGAGGAGCUACAUCCUGUUAUGGUGCCAUUGUUUUCAAUUCUUCUCCAUCGGAGGGAACAGGAGGAAUAUGGAACUACACCAUGCGGGCGGAUGGUGCAUUUGGCACGGAGAUUGAUGUUACGAAGGAUACGAAUGAUGCCGAGCUAUUCCUCCUGCCACUGCAGCGCGCCGUCGAUUUUGCCAUCGCCUCGAGAAAUACAACAAUCGAUCAAACUGCUUUACCCACCACCGUUCACGAAUAUCCAUACACUAGUCAAACUCAAAAGCAACGCGAAACGGCAAUUCGAACAAACUAUCAAUCUGCUAUUAUCAAUAUCCUUGGUGUCGCUUUCUUGAUUGGUAUGGUUGGAGUUACAUAUCAUCUGACUGGCUUCAUUGCUUCCGAGCGAGAACUUGGAAUGUCACAAUUACUAGAAGCUAUGAUGCCUAAUUUACGAAGAUGGGAGCCCCAAGUAGCUAGGAUAGUCUCAUAUCAUCUAGCUUUUGAUAUCAUUUACGUACCAGGAUGGAUUAUCAUGGCUGUGGUUUUAGGGGUAGGAGUCUUCGCCCAAACUUCAAUGGCUAUUGUAAUCAUAUUUCAUGUUUUGGCUGGUCUUUCUCUCACAUCAUUCUCCAUUCUGGGCGCAGCAUUUUUCAAGAAAGCUCAACUUAGCGGCAUUAGUCUUGCAAUCAUCACACUCCUACUUGGUGUCCUUAUUCAAGUCAUCGAUGUGUCAAGUUCUGGAACUGUGGCAAUUUUGAGUUUACUCUUCGCUCCAUGUAAUUAUAUAUUUUUCUUGAUUUUCAUGGCUCGUUAUGAAAAGCAAAAUAUUGGCACCAAUCUUGUACAAGCCGCGCCAAAUAACCCAUGGUCGCUACCAGGAAUUGCUCUAUGGGUAUUCUUGGUCAUUCAAAUAUUUGUCUAUCCAAUUCUUGGGGCUCUAGUGGAACGUUACCUCUUUGGGACGAUGUCUAAGGGGCGGUCAGUGGUUGGUCAAGGCUCCGAAAAGCAUGCACAGUCGCUUGGAUCCAAUACCGUGGAGACCGUUAGAUUGCAGAAUUUCACGAAACAUUACAGACCAAAUUGGUUUCGACUCAAGACUGCUGGAUUUACCAAGAUUCCAAAGGCUACUGUCGUCGCUGUCAACGAUUUAAGCUUGACCGCUAACAAAGGUCAGAUCCUUGUCCUUCUUGGUGCUAAUGGAUCCGGAAAAAGUACCACCCUCGAUGCCAUUGCAGGAUUAAAUACUGUUACCAGUGGAAAUAUUACAGUUGAUGGAACUGGAGGACUGGGCAUUGCUCCGCAGAAGAAUGUGCUUUGGAAUGAGCUUACAGUGGAAGAGCAUAUACGCAUCUUUAACAGUCUCAAAUCUACAGGUCCGCGGGAUAGCAAGGCGACUCUCAGGGGAUUGAUUACAGCAAUCGACUUGGAUCGAAAGAUCGGAGCAAAAUCUAAAACUUUGUCUGGUGGCCAAAAGCGAAAGCUUCAGCUAGGAAUGAUGUUCACUGGGGGAAGCUCAGUGUGUUGUGUGGAUGAAGUGAGUAGUGGACUGGAUCCUUUGAGUAGAAGAAAGAUCUGGGAUAUUCUUCUAGCCGAAAGAGGCUCACGAACUAUCAUUUUGACAACACAUUUCCUUGACGAAGCGGAUCUUCUUGCCGAUCGUAUUGCAAUAUUGUCUAAGGGUACCCUUCGAGCCGAAGGUUCUUCUGUAGAGUUGAAGGAGAAGUUAGGAGGUGGCUAUCGCAUAAACCUUCCUAUUGGCCACGAACACAAAGAACCCCCGCAGGUUGAGGGCGUAAAUCAACAUGCAUCGUUCGGUCAAAUGACUUAUGUAGCUCCAACCUCGAAACAAGCCGCACAAAUUAUCAAGCGUCUUGAAGAAGAGAACAUCACAGAAUACCAGUUAUCCGGUCCUACGAUAGAGGAUGUAUUUCUACAAUUAGCGGAUGAGAUUAGAGCUGAAAGCGAAGAGAGCCUUAUCCUCAAAAACUUGUCAUCUGACAACGAACAAUCCGGGAAAGAAAAAGGAUCUGUUAACAAAGUCGCCAUAGUCAGCACACACGAGCGUCCAGCAUUAGAGCUUUAUACAGGUCAAAACAUCGGAUUCUUCCGUCAAGCGUGGGUCUUAUUUAGGAAGAGGCUGACUGUUCUCCGACGAAAUUACCUGCCAUACAUUGCUGCUUUACUUCUGCCGAUCAUUGCAGCUGCUCUUGUAACCCUUUUCUUGAAGGGAUAUAAAGGUGCUGGCUGUACACCAACGGAUCGAGUCUCUAUUUCUGACUCGGAAAACCUCUUCGCAGUUGGCAAGUAUGAUCUUGUGGUUGGACCAUCCUCACGGUUCACAACGGAAGUACUUAAUUCCUUGUUCGAACCCCUAUUAUCUGGGUUGUUCCCUACUCAAGAUCAAAUUCGAAGCCACACUCAUCUGGUUGAUACUUUACCUCAGUUCAAUAAUUACAUUGAUCAAAAUUUUGCUAAUGUCACCCCGGCGGGUUUUUUCCUUGAUAAUAGUGGUUCGCAAACCACACUUGCCUACAAAGGAAAUGGCCAGAUCUAUAAUGCUGUAUGGGGUCAGAAUGUUAUGGAUAUAUUGCUCACUAAUAUGACUAUUGCUACACAAUAUUCACAAUUCGAUAUUCCAUGGGCACCAUCAACGGGCAAGUCAUUACAGCUUGUCGUCUAUUUUGGUCUUGCGAUGUCCGCCUACCCAGGAUUCUUCUCCUUGUAUCCUACUGUCGAAAGAACCAGAAAUAUUCGAGGCCUCCAAUACUCCAAUGGUGUUCGCUCACUCCCAUUAUGGCUCUCAUAUGUAGCCUUCGACUUUAUCCUCGUUCUCAUCUCAAGCGCAUUGAGUGUCAUAAUCUUUGCCGCCGCAUCUUCGGUCUGGUACCACGUUGGCUAUUUAUUCAUCAUAUUUGUACUGUUCGGUUUGGCUUCAAUUUUGCUGUCAUACGUCGUGUCACUUUUCGCCAGCACACAACUUUCCGCAUUUGCGUUUGCAGCUGCUGGACAAGCCGUCAUGUUUCUCAUAUACUUAGUCGGAUAUCUUUCCACAUUGACAUACGCUCCAAUUAACGAAAUUGAUUCAACGCUCAUCGUCGUGCAUUUCGUUGUUAGUGUUUUCACACCAAUGGGAAGUCUAAUACGAGCAUUAUUCAUUGCAUUGAAUCUAUUUUCUACUACUUGUUCUGGUGAAGAAUUGGCGCCUUACCCUGGAGGUAUUCUACAAUAUGGUGGACCGAUCUUGUAUCUAAUCGUCCAGAUAUUUGCUCUUUUUGCCGUUCUGCUCUGGUAUGAUAGUGGCUCUAUCGUCGCUUGGUUCCGAAGGCAUCGCAAGUCAUCCACCGCAGUCGCCGAAAAUGAAAUGCCUGCAGAUGAAGAAAUCGCGGAAGAACUUGUCAGAGUGAACUCAUCAAACGAUGGUCUUCGAGUUCUUCACCUGACCAAGAAUUUCGGCUCUGUAACAGCAGUUGAAAAUAUGACAUUUGGAAUAAAGCGUGGUGAAGUAUUUGCACUCCUAGGGCCAAAUGGUGCAGGAAAAUCCACUACGAUAUCUUUAAUCCGUGGCGAUAUACAACCGAGCAGGAACGGAGGAAAUAUUUUUGUGGAGAAUAUCGAAAUUAAUAGACAUCGCGCAGAUGCAAGAGCUCAUCUGGGAGUCUGUCCUCAAUUUGAUGCUAUGGAUCAAAUGACCGUCUUGGAGCAUCUUACCUUUUAUGCACGCGUUAGAGGUGUCCCAGAGAUUGAGCAUAACGUCCAAGCUGUUCUUCAAGCUGUUGGUCUCCAGGCUUUUGCUUCUCGCAUGGCAACUAAACUUUCCGGCGGCAAUAAACGAAAGUUAUCUCUCGGCAUCGCGCUGAUCGGUAACCCGACUGUACUACUUCUUGACGAGCCGUCGUCCGGUAUGGAUGCGGCUUCAAAGAGAGUUAUGUGGAAAACCCUCGCUUCAAUUGUUCCAGGUCGUUCACUUUUGCUUACAACGCAUAGUAUGGAGGAAGCUGAUGCAUUGGCUGAUCGUGCAGGUAUCAUGGCAAAAAGGAUGUUGGCAAUGGGAACUUCUGAUCACUUGAGGAGCAAGUUUGGUGGUGCUUAUUACGUUCAUUUGGUGCUCAAAAGUGCUCCUCAUACGACAGAUGAUGAGAUACUGAAAUUAAGAGCUUGGAUCGAUGAUAAUUUCCGGAAUGCGAUUAUUGAAGAUAAAACUUUCCACGGGCAAAUGCGCUUCUCAGUUCCGAUUUCUAGCUAUUCCAAUGUUCCAAAGCAUCAAGGAAAGAAAUUUGAUGUAGAAUCAGACGAUGACGAAAUUAGCAGCCUUGGCAAAAGUAAUCAUGAAACUAAAUUACGAGACACGGGAAUAGGAUCUUUGAUUAUGAAAUUAGAGGAUGAGAGGGAAAAAUUGGGUUUAGAACAUUAUUCGGUUAGUCCGACAACAUUAGAUCAGGUUUUCUUGACGAUUGUUGGGAAACAUAAUAUAGAGGAGGAAAAUUAUGCACCGCCUAAAGAGAAGAAGCGGCUUGGAGGAUUGAUGAAGUUGGGUAGAGGAAAGAAGGAAUAGAUUUUUGGUGUUGUGGUGAGGAGAUAGGAGAGAAGGAAUAGAGAGCAGUUGUGGAGCAGGGUCUAGAGAUAUAUAAAUACCAUUGAUACCAUAAUACACGGGAUAUGAUCGCAUCGGAUGGAGUUUCUUUACACAUAGAUGAUGAUUACGGUAGAUGCAAUAGAAAUGAUAUAUACUUGCUUAGUGUCUAUCUCUGGCUCUCCAUGAACCUCAACCCUCUUACUUUAUAC